ACUCUACUCCAUUCACUUUCAAACACUCUCACAUCCUCAUUGGUGCUGCAAGAUCAAAACAACCGCCGAGACGAUGACCAAAUCACUGCUUCUGGCUACUCUGGCUCUUUGCUGCUGCAUCACCACUCUGCAUGCCUAUAUCCAGCCGGGGUGUCGCUGCAUACGGACGACCUCUUCUCCCGUUGCUGUCCGGGUUAUCCAGAAAAUUGAGGUGGUUCCUAUUUCUGGACGCUGUCGCCGAAUUGAAAUCAUAGUCACCAGGAAGAACAACUCUAAAGUUUGUGUCAAUCCAAACGUGAAGUGGAUCAACAAACUGCUCAGCGACUUGCAAAGCUCAACCACAGUGUCGCCCCCUGCUUCCACAAUCAACUAUUAAUCACAUUUUGCAGCAACAUUUGAUGUAGCAAUGGCUUCAUUUAUGUUUAUUAAGCUGUGAAUUAACUGUAGGAGGGCUGAGUCGCUGUCCAGCUUUAAGUAGAGUAGUUUUUCUUCAAUCGACUGGCCUUUCUGGUGCAACCCUUUUGGAAAAAUGCCUUCACAACUGUCUUAGUGCUUUACCCUUUUGACUAUAUAAUGUAUUAUUGGGGAAUUCAUUAAACAAGCAAAAAAACAUUAUUGCUGUUUGGAUACACAGACUCUGCUCUGAAAUAACAUGUUUUAAAUGUGUUAAUGUUACCAUUUUAUUGUCAAAAACCACAAAUCUGUACUGUGAAGUAAAUGUGUGAUUGUUUUAAUAAAGUCACUCAUCACACAAUUUACAAAAUAGAGAAUGCUUUCCUGUAAAUGUGACUAAAUAAUGUUAAUCAAAUCCUGCUGUCCACAUUGCACUGAUUAUAUUUUGGAUGGUGCUGUAACCCCUGACGUGUUUGUGUUGUAUCCAUGACUUUUUUAUCAUAAAGAAUAAAAGCACAUACAAAAAGA